ACUUUCUGGGCAGCCGGUUUGAGAAUACUGUAUAGGCACCUGUAGGUUUGGGAUGAACAAUGUGUGGAGUAAUUUCAACAGACUUUCCCCAUCUUACUGCUUGCAAUUUUGAAAGCUUUCUGGCCUCAGAUGAUGUACUGACUCACUUCUUCAAUGAUUUCUUAAGUUUGCCGUCUUUCCCAGACACUUUACUGUACAACCCGGAGACUGGACUGUUUGAGGUGGUGAGUGGAGCAGCUGAAUUUGUCUCCAGUAGAAUCAGAUCAGUCCUACACUACUGCAAAUCACGUCUUUCUAGUAACCCCACAGCGCCAUCCAGAACCCCUCCAGUGGACAACCAUUACACUGUCUGUUGCCUGAACAGAGAGCAAGGAAUUCAGUGGAUCAAAAGAGAAAGACUGCCUUAUUUCCUUCAAAGUGAUUGCUACUAUGAAUACAGACUAGCCAAGCUCUUACUUCAGUGGGACCCAAACUUCUGUAUCCACAGAAGGAGAAACAGUUCAAGUCGAACCAUUCUUUCAGCCCCACAACUGCAUUGUUCCCCCCAAUUUAACAAGAUAAAUAAUGAUGUGCUGAAAGUCCUGAGGUGGUCACAUAGUGAAGAGAACAUUUCAGGAAAACAAGGUUCUGUGAGCAUGACUAAUGUUACAUGUCAGUCCUCUGGCCAGAAGGAGAAUAUCAACACAAGAAGCAGCAAAUCAUCCAGUUGCUACUCCAGUUGUUCUCAGCCAGAAAACCCAUGUACCAUUUCCUCUUUCUCCUCAUCAGGUUCCUUUUCCUCUCACCCUAAAUGUGAGGAAACGCAAGAACUCCAAAGCUUACAAGCAGAGUUGAGCCUCUGCUUCACAGGGCUGUCAGCUGGUGUCAGAGAAGAGAUUCAUCUCAAAGAAUCCAGUAGCCAGAUAUUUAAUUCUCCUGAACAACAGCUAGAGUACUUGGCUGCCAAAGUGGUUAAACUGGUACUAAAAAAUGCAAUAUAUGUGAUGAAUCCUCAGAGCCAGGCAAACACCUCUGAGUGUCUCAGAGAGUCAGAAGACCAGACAAAUUGUACGAGCACAGACAAACCCUGUGAAUGUAAAGUUUGCCAGCAUUCAGCAGAUGAGGACAGAGAAAGACUGAAAGGGAAGGUGGAUAAAGUUCAACAUGGUAUUGGGGGGAGUGAAUGGGAAGAAAAGACCGAUUGGCAUAAGAAGAAUAGGGAGGUGGAGAGUAGACGUGCAAACCAACAAAAUGUCCUUGAUAUUUGUUGUCAUGGUACCUGUUGCCAUGGCAAUAGGCCAGGCUUGGAUGAGUUCAAAGAGUUUUUGCGAGGAACACCAGGACAGAAGAUACUUAAUCUCUGGAUGGAUAUAGAGAGACUGAAAGCUACACAGCACAGAGAGAGAAGGAACAGGUAUUUGAUCCUGAUGAGGAGCUGGUACCUGCUGAGCAGCAGUCAGAGCUGUCUAAAUGUUGGGUUGCUCUCCAGACUGGGGCUGACUACCUCCCCCUGCUGGACAGAGGAGAAACUGUGCUCAGUGCAGCCCUGCCUCACUGAGUCUCUGCUCCACUACUGGGCUCCCCGGUUCUGGACUUCCCAGUUUGUUCAGAAAGAUAAUAAUUGCUCCUCUCAUACUGGGUUAUGGACAGAGAGGAGUUCUAACCCAGUAUCAAGCAUACAGUCCUGCCAUGGCUCUACGACUCUGCCUCUCCAACACCCUGACACCUACUUGCCGCGAUCCUCCCAGACUGUACAUACAGAGUCUUUUCACAGAAGUCUGCUGUGCAGCAGAAGAAUGCAGAAGAUGUUACAGGCUCUCUAUGUUGAAUCCCGUGCUGGACUAUACUUCACACACUUCUGUGAACAAUCUGGAAAUCAGUUGUGGGUGAAUGCAAUUUACUUCUGGACUGACCUGCAGCACUACCAUGAGCUGUUUUACCAGGAUGGACUGGAUCCCUACAGAGUGCAGAGAGAGGCACAGCUCCUUUACUCCACAUAUCUUUUCAGUUCUGCCAGGAGGAGCUUUGGUGUUGAGGAGGAGAUCAGAAGGAAGGUGUAUGACAGACUGAUGCCUGCCUUUGAGGAGCUGUUUGAUGGGGUUGAAGAAUACACACUGAACAUUCUGCUGGAGCCGUGGACACUUCUGGUUAACCGGGACAAAGAGUCCUUCCAGCAGGUGUGUGUGCAGGAGGAGGUUCGCUGCAUCGAGAGCCAGGAGUACAGGGAACUUCUGAGUCUGUGUGAGGAAUCAGAGCGGCAACUGAAAUGGGAGAAGCAAUGUGUGUCCAUGCCAUUUUCCUCUUCUAUUACACCUUGUAGUCCCUUCUCAAAGGACCCUCAUGCAUCUGACUCUUGGUCCAGUGUGUCUCCAAAUUACCAGGGUUACCGUUUAGGGUCCUUACUUCGUCACCGUCAUGAGAUUGGGCACUUUAUGUCUUUCUUACAGAAUCAGGAUGCCAGUAUCCAUCUGACGUGUUGGCUGGAUCUGGAGCAGUACAGGAGGACCCCUCAAAAGGACAAGGCUAUCAGACAGAAGAGGUCGUCUCUUAUUGCCAAGAAAUACCUCAACAGGGAGUACUUCUUUGGCUCUGACAGUCCUGCCACAACAGAGCAACAGAAUGAUAUACUGCGUUUGGCAGGUGGACUGGAGCGUCUGAAGUUGGAUUGUCUCUCAAACCCAGUCGUCGUGGAGGUCCAGGACAUUGUCAGGAAUCACAUUGAGAAAACAUGGCUGCCUUUGUUUCUGUCCACGGCAGAGUUCACCGAGCGACAGAGACACAAACCAAAGCUGCAAGCAGCAGGCAGGCUCUCGGAGCACGUCUACCGUCGGCGCAGAACGAGGAGAGAAGCCUGGAAGGCUGAGGGCUUGUGGAUGACUUCCUUCAAAGAGAUCCUGCUGUUUCGACGAAUCCUUCUUAACCCCGUCACCUGCCAGCAGUUUCAACUCUUUGUCUCCCUGAAGGGCGACUUCCUGGAGAAUGAUGUGCUCUUUUGGUUGGAGGUGCAGCGAUACAAGGACCUUUGUCAUUCUCACAGCGAUGAGGCCACCAUCCAGCGAAAGAUCUCCACCAUCAUUAGCUGCUUCAUCAACUCCUCCAUGCCCCCCGCCCUGCAGAUAGACAUCCCUCCUGAACAGGCUCAGCACAUCCUGGAGAAACGCUGUGAGCUAGGCCCUUACAUCUUCAGAGAGGCGCAGAUGUCAGUAUUCAGCGAAUUACUUAAAUGCUGGCCCGAGUUUCAAGAGCUUAGCAGCAGCGUCCAAGAGGAGCAGCUCCUUCCUCUGCUGCAGGAGAAGCGAGUUAAAUACAGAGCCAGAGUACGGAGACAGAGGAGGAAGGAGGAGGAAGAGGAGGAGGAAGAAGAGAGAAGGAGAACGCAGGAAGAGCUUGACAUACAAGAGUCCAGUUUUACAGAAGAGGAUAGGUCAGAUGAAGAUGAAACAGAAGAAGAACAACAAGAGGAAAGAAGUGAACUAAAGGAGUCGAGGACACAAAGCAGAGUGCUGUUGACUCCCACACAGCCGCUGUCGUGGUCGUACUCCAAGUACAUGGCAGGUCUGAAGAGAGAGGAGGUGCUGCUGAGGAGACAGAGUCAGCUGGAGGCCUCCUUCUCCACAGUCUCAGACUCCUCCUUUAACUGCAGCACCAAGUCAGCCAACAGCAGGUACAACUAUCGGCAGCCCUCACAUGGCUCCUCCACAGCAGACAGCAAGCAGUGCAACAGACAAAACAGAGGUGCAAGAGGUUGUGACAUGAAAUGAAACCAAAGUUGGACCUGACUUCAUGUGGGACAAACAGACGGGGGGUGACUGACACCGUUAUUGGAGGACUAUGAGUGAAAACUGAGAGCGGAGCGGCUACUGAUAUGCUGAUGAUGAAGUAGAAGUAGAAGUUUGAGUUUACAUGAUGUAAGAAUAUUUUCCUAAACCACCUUUGACAAACAUCUAACUUUAACCGUUUCGAUGAAUUUCACUUGACAGGCAAGAUGAUUACAAAAGUAGUGCUUGUUAGACAGGACUGGGUUUCACUGCAGUGAAGACUCCAGUAAACAACAGGAUGAAAUGAUAAAGUCACACUUCAGGUCAUUUCUACAAGUUAUUUUUUUUUAAUAAAAUGGGUUUCUCUAUUAAUAUAUUAUCCAUUUAUACAUCAAAGGCAUUAUACUUUAAUCUUACAUAGAGCUCAGUGCCACAACAAUAUAAAAGGCAACAAUUACAUGUUUGCAUCAUGAGUUGGCAUCAACAUAAGGUUACAAAGAACAGUGUUAUUGUCAAACAGGUAUGUUACAUCAUGUAUAAAAACAUUUUGGUUGACAGCUGGUAUCUCUAGCAUCCAUCAACAUGUAUAUAAAAUUGCACUUAACAUUGGCAUGAGACAUUGACUCAUUAUAUGUAGAAUGUAAACACCAAGAGCUUGUUCUGCAGAGUGAACCAUUACAGACUGUUUAGACAGAAGUGAAACUGAUCUGAGAGACUCCUGCUGGCUGUACAUGUCUGUCUGUAACACUGAGGAGGUUUCACACUGACUAAACUCUAACUUUGAGUUGACAUAACUCUUAUUUGUUUUAGUGUUCACUACAGUAUAUGCUCACUGAAAUGUCCAAACCUACAAAUCCUGUUUCUAUGAAUAAAAUUAAUUUUUAUCCCA